CGGGAUUCGCGUUCACCUGCAAGUUUUAACUCGAGUUCCAGAUGAUUAUCUAUACUUUGGCACUCCUCUGGCUAGUGGUUGUGAUUGCUCUCCGCUACGUCUACUCGUACUGGGAUAGAAAUGGAUUGCCAAGCGUGAAACCACACAUUCCAUAUGGGAAUCUGAAAACCGUGGCCAAUAAAACAGAACCAUUCGGUUACGCCACAAGUGCGCUGUAUUGGAAGUCCAAGGAACGUCUGUUGGGGAUCUACCUUUUCUUCCGACCGGCCAUUCUGAUUCGGGAUGCACACCUGGCGCAGCAAAUUAUGACAAAGGACUUCAACCACUUCCACGAUCGAGGCGUUUUCUGCAACGAAGACAGCGAUCCGUUUUCGGCAAAUUUGUUCGCCCUACCUGGCAAACGGUGGCGCAAUUUGAGAAACAAGUUCACUCCGCUGUUCACUGGUGCUCAACUGCGCAACAUGAUGCCCACGAUUCUCGAUGUUGGGCACAAGUUUCAAAGGUUUCUCGAACCCUUUGCCGAGAAAAGAGAAGCGUUGGAAAUUCGUGAGUUAGUCGGCCGAUGUGUUUUGGAAGUAAUUGCCUCGGUAUUUUUCGGGAUUGAAGCAAACAGCAUCAACGAUCCGAAUGAUGGGUUCAGCAAAACCUUACGAGAAUCGCAGUCCGAUGGGUUCAUGAACAAUUUCCGAGCGACUGCCAGUUUUAUUUGUCCAGGGUUGCUAAAAGCUACUCGAAUGACAUCAUUAAGCCCAGAAAUGAUUCAGUUUGUAACGAAUAUUGUAUCGAAUCAAAUCGAGCUUCGUGAGAAGAACAAUACUACAAGAAAGGAUUUUAUCCAGCUGUUGAUUGAUCUUCGCCGAGAGGAUAGUAGCAAAAAUGAGGUUGUUCUAAAUUUCAAUGAAUGUGCGGCUAACGUAUUUUUGUUCUACGUUGCUGGCUCGGAUACCACUACAAGUGCGAUUUCAUUCACAUUACACGAGCUGACGCAGAAUCCGGCAGCCAUGAAGAAACUGCAAACGGAAAUUGACGAAACGCUAGAGAAAACCAAUGGCGAAGUGACUUACGAUAGUGUUAAAGCUAUGGCUUAUCUGGAUCAAUGUGUAAAGGAAACAUUUAGAAAGUACCCAGGGCUUGCGAUCUUGAAUCGUGAGUGCACCAAAACUUAUUCCGUUCCCAACUCGGACUACGUUAUUCAAAAGGGAACUCAAAUAGUAAUCCCUCUGUUUGCUUAUGGUAGUGAUGAAAAAUAUUUCCCAGAACCAGACCGCUACUGGCCUGAGCGGUUUGACAAACUUGCACAAAAUUACGACGAGAAGGCAUAUUAUCCGUUUGGUGAAGGUCCUCGCAAUUGUAUAGCUUUCAGGAUGGGAGAAAUGGUUGCCAAGAUUUGUUUGGUCCUGAUGCUGUCCAAAUUCAACUAUGAAGCUACACAAGGACCUAAAAUAGUAUUUGCUGCAUCAACGGUGGGACUGUUGCCUAAAGAAGGCAUAACAUUAAAAUUAUCAACACGUUAGAAAGGUUGUCUGGAGAUCGUUUUUUCUUGUGCGUUUUCGUGUGUCGGAAGUAUAUUUGACUAAGCAUUAGCCAAAACGAGUGUGAAAUGGUGUCGGAUAAAAAAAUGGUAUUAAUUUUAGAGAAAUAUAUAAAAGUUAUAGAGCUCUACCGAA